UCGUCGAAUAGCAUGGGGAAGCCCGUCUCCAGGCGGCCGCAUAUUUAUGAUUGAAACCGAGAUCGAACUGCAGCGCACACCUAGCCCUGGGCAUCAUUCCAAACGCUGGCGAGACGAAACUGACCCAGCGACCCGACCGAAGAGCGAGCGAUAAAUCCCGUGCCCGAAAGCCUGCCAACCGACCAACAGCGUUACGAGUUGGACUCGUCAUCGAGUCUCGAUCACCGUCUAUCUAGGACAUCUCACGACAAGACACGCACAUACACACAAGCCACGAUGGCUUCGUCGUCGACUCCGGCAACGCCGCUCCUAUACUCGUGCAUAGCGCACAACAGCACGAUCCUCGCCGAGUGCACGACGUCGGCGUCGUCGCAGACGUCGUCGCUGGCGUCGCUGGUGCUGCCCAAGAUCAGCCACGCGUCGGCGCAGAAGCUGACGUACACGCACGGGGCGCACCACAUCCACUACGUGGCCGAGUCGCCCGCCGAGCACGGCCCGCACGCGGCCAGCGCGGGCGGGCUGACGUUCCUCGUCGUCGCCGACUCGUCGGUCGGCCGGAGCGUGCCGUUCGGCUACCUGUUCGAGAUACGCCGGCGCUUCCUCGAGGAGUACCCGCCCGACACGACCGACUUUGCCGACCAGCCAAACUACGGCGCCGCGUCCUUCAACGGCGAGCUGCGCCGCCUCAUGGUCGAGUUCGGCACCACGCGCUCGGGCCGCGACGACGCCGUCCACAACGUCCAGCGCGAGAUCGACGACGUGCGCGGCAUCAUGACGCGCAACAUCGAGGGCCUGCUCGAGCGGGGCGAGCGCAUCGACCUGCUCGUCGACAAGACGGACCGCCUCGGCGGCUCCGCCCGCGAGUUCCGCGUUCGCAGCCGCGGGCUCAAGCGCCAGAUGUGGUGGAAGAACGUCAAGCUCAUGGGGCUACUCGGCCUUGUCGUGGUCUUGAUCCUGUUGACCAUCAUCAUCGCCGUCAAGCACUCGUGAGGGUUCGGUGGCUGGGCUAUCUAGUGACCCUUGGCCUAUUCUGUCAUCUCAAUUCUUUUCUUCCCGUCCUCGCUUUGAUCUGCUUCCUUGCUCUUGUAUUAUGUGACGGGUUUUGUUGGCCCCCACUCAGGUUGGCGUUUUUUUGGCACCUACUGCGAUGCCCCCAUUUGGCACGAUAUGGCAGCAACACGUUUUCUUUGUUAUGGGUGUGGCGACCAGAGGCGAAACAGACCCUUCAGUGGGUGUCAGGAUUUAGUUCCCUCUUGAAGCCAGUAUACAAUUAUACACGAUGUACGACUCCGUCGUGUGAGCCCCAUCCACUCAGGCAUGCCCAGCUCCCGCUGUGCUCCCCAUUGGGUAUUCGAAUGAACAAGACGUGAAUUGAAGGAUUUCCGA